CUCAUAGUUGCUUUCCCUCUCUCACUCCCUCGAAGCUAACCGAAUUCACCGAAAAUGGAUUAAUCCUCCUCCAAAAUAUGUCCCCAGGCACAAUGACAAAACGAUGAGAUCUCUCAUGAAGAUGUUUCCACAAUCAGGGAAAUCGAUUAUCUUCGACACAUUUCCUGAUCCGACAGAUACCUGGGAGAUCAUCGAGACCAUCGGGAAAGGGACUUAUGGCAAAGUCUAUAAAGUACUCAACAAGAUCGAUGGCAGCAAAGCGGCUGUCAAGAUACUGGACCCCAUCCAUGAUAUCGAUGAGGAGAUUGAAGCAGAAUACAAUAUCCUCAAGGCUCUCUCUGACCACUCCAAUGUGGUUAAAUUCUUUGGGAUGUACUACCAGAAGGAUGUCAAAAACGGGGACCAGUUGUGGCUAGUUCUUGAGCUCUGCAAUGGAGGUUCGGUGACAGACCUGGCCAAAGGCAUGCUGAAGAGAGGGGACAGAAUGGAUGAGGCGAUCAUUGCCUAUAUCAUACACGAGGCCCUCACGGGUCUCCAUCACCUGCACAUCAACAAGACCAUCCACCGGGAUGUCAAAGGCAACAACAUCCUACUGACCACACAAGGAGGGGUGAAGCUGGUGGACUUUGGUGUUUCGGCCCAGUUGACGAACACUCGUCUCCGUAGGAACACCUCGGUGGGAACACCUUUCUGGAUGGCGCCGGAGGUUAUAGCGUGUGAGCAGCAGUUGGACUCCACGUAUGACGCUCGCUGUGACGUCUGGUCCCUGGGCAUUACUGCCAUAGAGCUGGGAGAUGGAGACCCGCCCCUCUCCGACCUCCAUCCAAUGAGAGCUCUCUUCAAAAUCCCCAGAAACCCUCCCCCUACCCUGUACCAGCCGGAGCUGUGGUCGGACCACUUUAACGACUUCAUCUGCAAAUGUCUGAUCAAGGACUUUGAGCUGAGGCCUAACGUUCUAGACCUGCUCCAGCAUGUGUUCAUCAGACAGAUUGUAGGCCGAGAGAGGAUCCUGCAGAAACAGCUGAUGGAACUCAUAGACCUCAACCAGCAGAUAGGAACCACUGGGAAGACAAGCCAUCAUGGAAAGACAGACAGAAGCACAGACAGUAACGACAGGCAUGAGCGCAUCCACACCAAGAAAGGUGGUCAAAUUAUGUCAUCAAGCCCCACCCCCGACGAAGUGGAUGACCUUGUCACCCUGGAAGUACUCGAUGAGAAUUCAGUCACAGAGCAGCUUCAGAGGCGCUAUGCCAAGGACCAGAUCUAUACCUACGUUGGAGACAUCCUCAUUGCAGUUAACCCAUUUCACAAGAUGGAGCUGUAUAGCCCACAGUAUACAAAGAUGUACAUAGGAGCGAAACGCACCGCGAACCCGCCACACAUCUUUGCUGUCGCUGACAUAGCCUACCAGUCCAUGGUGUCAUACAACGCAGACCAGUGCAUUGUAAUCAGUGGAGAGAGUGGUGCAGGAAAGACAGAGAGCGCCCAUCUAUUGGUCGAGCAGCUCACGGUGCUUGGAAAGGCCAAUAAUCGAUCACUCCAAGAGAAGAUCCUAUUGGUCAAUAACUUGGUGGAGGCUUUUGGGAACGCAUGCACCGCCAUCAACGACAACUCCAGCCGCUUCGGGAAAUACCUGGAGAUGAAGUUUACCUGUGGGGGGACCGUUGUCGGAGCGCAAAUCUCAGAAUACCUCCUGGAGAAAUCCCGCGUCGUCCAUCAGGCCACAGGUGAGAAGAACUUCCACAUAUUCUACUACAUCUAUGCUGGUUUAGCUGAGCGGAAGAAACUUGCCCACUACAAGCUAUCAGAGAGCAAAACCCCGAAGUAUCUGUUCAACGAGCACAUUAAAUUGGGCCCUGACAUAGUGAACAACACCUUCUACAAGGAGCAGUUUGACUCGGUGGAACAGUGUUUCAAAGUCAUCGGCUUUACCCUGGAGGAGCUGGGCAGUGUGUACAGUACUCUGGCUGCUAUCCUAAACUCAGGCGACAUUGAGUUUACCUCUGUGGCCUCCGAGCACCAAACCGACAAAAGCAACAUCUCCAACAUAGCAGUUCUGGAGAAUGCUGCGUCGCUGCUGUGUAUCCGUCCAGACGAGCUCCAGGAGGCCCUGACGUCCCACUGCGUAGUGGCCCGGGGCGAGACCAUCGUCAGGCCCAACACGGUGGACAAGGCCACGGAGGUGAGGGAUGCCAUGGGCAAGGCCUUAUACGGCAGACUCUUCAGCUGGAUCGUCAACCGCAUCAACACCCUGCUCCGACCCGACACACACCUAGGAGAGGAUGACAAGGGCCUGAACAUUGGCAUCCUGGACAUCUUUGGCUUUGAGAACUUCAAGAGGAACUCGUUUGAGCAGCUCUGCAUCAACAUCGCCAACGAACAGAUCCAGUUCUACUUCAACCAACACAUAUUCGCCUGGGAGCAGGACGAGUACCUGAAUGAGGAUGUGGACGCCAGGGUGAUUGAGUAUGAGGACAACCGUCCUCUCCUGGACCUGUUUCUGCAGAAGCCCAUGGGCAUGCUGUCACUGCUGGACGAGGAGAGCCGUUUUCCCCAAGCCACCGACCAAACCCUUGUAGAAAAGUUUGAAGACAACCUGAAAUCCAAAAACUUUUGGAGACCAAAAAGGGUGGACCUUGGCUUUGGAAUUCAUCACUAUGCUGGAAAGGUGAUCUACAACGCUGCAGGCUUCCUCUCUAAGAACAGAGAUACACUACCGGCAGAUAUUGUUCUUCUACUGAGGUCGUCAGAAAAUCAGCUGAUUCGCAAACUGGUCACCCACCCGCUCACCAAAACAGGUAAUUUGGCCCACACAAAGGGUAAAGGAAUGAACACACUCAUGAGCAUGCCUCGCACCCCAGCACACCCUCACCGCACCAUGAACUUUGCCAAGAUGGGAGUGCUUAAGUUAUACAGUUCUAGUAUGUCACUCUGUGAGGGUGAUACUGGAACUGGAGAGACCACCCACCAUCCUAGAGAGUCCACCAACAUGAGAACACAGACAGUAGCCUCCUACUUCAGAUAUUCCCUAAUGGACCUGCUGUCCAAGAUGGUGGCGGGACAGCCCCACUUUGUGCGCUGCAUCAAGCCCAACAAUGACCGGCAGGCCAGUAAGUUUGACCGGGAGAAGGUGCUGGUGCAGCUGCGUUACACGGGCGUCCUGGAGACAGCUAAGAUCCGCCGGCAGGGCUACUCUCACCGCAUCCUCUACACCAACUUCGUCAACAGGUACUACAUACUAGCUUUCCAUGCGCACAAAGAGCCAGAUGUGAGCCCAGAGACUUGUGCAGCUAUAUUGGAAAAAGCCAAACUGGAAAAUUGGGUCCUGGGCAAAACUAAAGUGUUUCUGAAGUACUACCAUGUGGAGACCCUAAACCUGAUGGUGAGGCAGACCAUAGACCGCAUCGUUCUGGUCCAGGCCUACGUCCGGGGCUGGCUGGGGGCCAAACGUUACCGCAAAAUACUGGAGAAGAGAGCACAGAGCGCUGUGGCCAUACAAUCAGCGUACAGAGGACAUAAAGUACGGAGGAGAUGUGCUGAUGAUAAAUUAAGCAAAGCCAAGUUUGAGACGUUCAUCACCCAGUUACAGGCUGUUUGCCGAGGUCACCUCGCCAAGAGGAAGUACAAGGAGUUGGUGGAGGAAAAAAAUAAAGCAGCAGCCAAGAUUCAGGCCCAUUACAGGGGACACCGGGAGAGGAAGAGUUUCAAAAAGAAAAGGGAGGCCAUUGAGAAAGACAGGGUAGAGAAAGAGAGGAUCGAAGCUGCCAAACUGGAGGAGGAAGAGAUGGCCAAAUCCGCCGUGGUCCUCCAGAGUAAUUACAGAGGCUAUAAGGAGAGAAAGAAACUCAGGGAGCGCCACAAGACACUGUCCGGAGACGAUUUGAGACUAAGGUCACCCUCACCUGUGGAGUUGGAGUCUGCUAUUAUCGAGGAGGAUGAAGAGGAGGAGCAGGAGUUUGCAGUGGAAAAGGAAGAGGAGAAUGGGUUGACCGAAGUUGCGGAGGAGGAGGAAGAGGAUGAAGACACGGCCAAGGCGGAAGAGGACGACGACGAUGAGCACACUGAAGUGGGUGAAGAGCUGGUGGACGAGGAAGACACAGAAAUUGACGAGCAACAGAAUGCAGAGCGAGGAGAAGGGGAGGAGGUUAACCCGGAACAGGAAGCUAAGGCAGCUACAGUUCUCCAGAGCAACUUCAGGGGCCACAAAGAGAGGAAGAGGCUGGUUGAAGAAGGCAAGAUCCCAGCAAGGAAACAGAGAGUUAUGAGCCCAACUGAAGACGAGACCGCAGAGGUAGAAGGUAUGUCAAAACCAGAAGGAAUGUCAAAGGUUCCAGAGACAGCAGCCGUGUCUGCAAGAGUGGAAGAGAAGGAGGAAGUAGAAGAGGCCAAGGCAGCAACGGUCAUUCAAAGUAACUUCCGUGGCCACAAGGAGCGCAAACGCCUGCAGGAGGAAGGAAAAAUCCCCAAGAAAAAGAAGGCGAAAGAGGCCAAAGAACAACUGAAACAAGAACUAGUCCAGCCACAGGAGCCAACGCUAGAACCCCAACCAGAGCCGUCCACCGCAAGCCAGUCGGAGCCAGACGAGGAAAAAGCUGCCACCGUUCUACAGAGCAAUUUCAGAGGACACCGGGAUAGAAAGAAAUUCAAGGAGGAGAGAGAACGGGUCAAAAGGAGCAAGGAGGAACCCAUGGUUGAGGAACAGGAGGAAGGAUUGAAGGUUGAGGACAGGGUUGUGGACCUCACCGAUGUAGAGCUGGUUCGCAUAGAGGAGACAGAGUCUCAGGGAGGGGAUAUGUAUGACGAGGAGCAGGCAGCGGUGAAGAUCCAGAGCCAGUUCAGGGGCUACAAGGACAGGAAGAACCUGAAGGCCACCAAGGCCACAGCCCAGAGAGAUAUGGAGGAACUGGAGGUCUUUUCUAAAGAGGUCUCGACGUCUUCCCAGAACUACAUGAGCCUCCAGCAGAAACUGAACGAGAUCAUCCUGGCCCACCAGAUAAACCCAGCCAAUAACGGCAUGUUUGUCAAAGGGCAGGCAGUCAAUGGCUUUGCUGCCAACCAUCAGCAAUCAGUCGAUCUGAAAGUGUGUCGGACGCCUCGCAGAACCCAGCAGCCAAAGACACUCAACACCCCUGAGGACUCUACGUACUACAACCUCAUCCAUAGGUCUGUCCAGGAUGACAAGCGCAGGCCACGGAAACAAGGUCCUGGGAAGCUGCUGGACGUAGAUGACCAGUACUACCAGGGCCUCCCCACCAGUAGGUCCACCGGUGCCAUAGCCGGAGACAGACGCACCUCUCUCACCAGACGAGCAUCUCUCGAGAGGAGGCAGUCUAUCGAACAGAAGCGCUCUAUAGAGAGGAGACAGUCUUCUGCGAGGAGACAGUCUUCUGACAGGAGGCAGUCAACAGCUGCAGACAGAAGUCCACAGACAAGAAGACAGUCUGCAGCCGCCGACAGAAGGCAGUCUACUGACCAAAGACAGACUGCAGCUGCAGACAGAAGUCCACAGACCAAAAGACAAACUCCAGACAGGAGACAAUCUAGAGAGAGGGCAGUCUCCGAGCCAGCAGAUAAAAGGCACUCCGUUCCCAGACUGCCCUCUGCAGAGGGCCAGGACGACAACCCUUAUGACUACAGAAAGCUCCUGAGAAAGACCUCCCAGAGAAGAAGGCUCAUCAAACAGUACAGAGACUGAGCAGUGCCCUUCUCAAAGGCAUACUCCAUUUAAAGCAGAUUGGCAUAAUACCUCCCUGUAUGUGACACCGCCAGAAGCAUGCCAUAACAUCUGACAUAAUGCGACAUGAUAGUUCAUUACUGUUGACUUUUGUUAACAUCUGACAAACCCUAUUUGAAUGUCUAAUGAGUUGCGUUCUAUGAUAGUGCUGUGUCAGCUGUUAUAAACUAACAUUGGUUUUCAUAAAAUGUCAUGACAGCUGGUAUGUUUUGCUUAUGGCAUUGUUAUGACGGUGUUGCGCCAAGCCACUUCCCUGUAGUUACCAGGUUGAGUUUGGGGCCUAUACAUAGCAGAUGGCGUCACGAACGGGUUAACUUUGUCAGUCUGUAAAUACUUGCGUCAGGCUCUUCUAAGAAGCAGAUUUGUUGUAUCUACUUUAAACAAUGCUGGUAAGCUUCAUUCACUGCUUAGUGUGAGCUGAUAAUGUGUUCUUUAUCCUUCAAAAUGUAUAUGAAAGGAAUUGAAUGUCAAAAGAGAUAGAGAAUAGAAAUGGAGUGGUAUGUGGUGCAAGCCAUGAAGGCUCUACCUCUAGGAUCUGUUUCAGUGUAUUGUGAUCGAUUUAAAACAGGUUUACUACUAUUGAUGUCCAUGAAUAUAAAGUUGGAAGGAAAAUGUGG